AUGGAAGUAUAUAAUCUAGUGAAAAAAAAAGCUGAAGAAACACACGGGGAAACUUUCAAGGAAUUUUUUGCAUAUUUUGAAAGUUCUUGGCUUUUGAAAAUUAAACCUCAAAGCUUUACUGUUUAUGGCAUGUUAAGUGACAGAACCAACAACCAUCAGGAAUCUUUUCAUCGAGAUAUGAAUAAGUUAGUAGCGGCACAUUCACAUACCAACGUUUUCAUUAAUGGACUAAAAAAAGUUUUUGAAAAAUCACGUCGAAUUAAGGCACAAAUAGAAAUUGGGACGUAUUGCACUCGAGAGGCAAAAAAAAAAACAGAAGAAUCUAAUCAAGAAAUUCAUUCAUUUUGGAGAGAAUUAGAUGCGAAAAUGAUAACGGGCAUAACAAUCGAAUACAUGGUCGAUAAAUUAGAAAAUUUUUAUAUGACUGAUUACUUAGACGAUUCGACUGACGAAGAUGUGAGCAGUGAAGAAGAAUAA